AUGCAGCAGAUCUCCAGAGGCGACACCGAGCAGAGCGGUAAGCGCCAAUCAUCAGGCAAGAGGAAGCUUUCUGAUCAAGGAGAGCCAUCGCAGCCGCGAUCACAACGAACCAUCUCCGAGCACUUCUCCGGGAGACACACACCUGAACCGAAUAAUCCAAAAUCCCAGAAGCGAUCUCGUCUGUCACCCUCUCCCCCGCAUUCAUCCUCCACAACCAACACAGCCUCGCAUACGAUGUAUCCGAUUUCCGGGUCUCCGCCUAGACAGGGCACUGCGCUUGGCCGGGGGUUACCUGGAUCAAACGGGCCUGCCAGAACCCCGGGAUUAAACACGAAUGCUCGUCAGAACCCCUUCUCUCCUCACACCGGUGCGAAAAAGCUCGUUGUCAAGAACCUCCGUUCUGGUCCGCGGCUCAACCAAGAUGCAUAUUUUGAGAAGGUGUGGAAGCAAUUUGAGGCGGCUUUGACGGCGAUCUUCAAUGACAGGAAGCCGGAGAGCUCGCUGGAAGAGCUGUACAAAGGUGGGGAGAACGUUUGCCGCCAGGGAAGGGCGGCUUUGUUGGCAAGCAAGCUGCAGGAUCGGUGCAAAGAGGAGUUUGUCAGUGGGAACAUGCGCAAGAAUCUCCUUAAUAGGGCUGGAGGUAGUACUGAUGUUGACGCAUUGCGGGCGGUGAUUGAGGCCUGGUCGGCCUGGCGUGCAAAGCUGGUUACCAUCCGCUGGAUCUUCUAUUACCUCGAUCAGUCGUUCCUCUUGCAUUCAAAAGGACAUCCGACUAUCCUUGAGAUGGGGUUGAUCCAAUUCCGAUUGUACAUCUUCUCUGACGCCAGUCUAAAGCCAAAGAUUUUGAACGGCGCCUAUGAUCUAAUCGCUGCUGAUCGAGAUGCGGAUACAAAGGCCCUAGCAGAUUCAAAUCUGUUAAGAGAGGCUAUGGCGCUGUUCCACAACCUAGAUGUCUAUACCAGUGACUUCGAGCCUCUGUUCAUGGCCGAGUCUGAGAAGUAUGUGAAUGCUUGGUCUCAACAGCAGGCGUCAGGAACCCUCGCCGCAUACGUCGAAAAUGCUCAUCGGUUGAUUGAACGCGAAGUGGAGCGGUGCGGACUGUUUUCUUUCAACCGAAGUACAAAGCUUAAACUAUCCGAGCUCCUGGACGAGACUCUAGUCACAAAGCGAACGGGGCUGUUGACGGGUGAAAAGGAGGUUCUUGAUUUGAUGCGAGCCGGCAACAAUACUGCCUUGAAACAACUUUACGGUCUACUCGAACGAAAAGGUCUCAGGCUCGAGCUGAAGCCCGCAUUCAGGAAUUACAUCAUCCAAGAAGGUGAAGAUAUCUUGUUUGAUCAAGGUAAAGAGGUCGACAUGAUCAGUGAGCUCCUCCAAUUCAAACAGAAGGUCAAUGAUAUUUGGAUCACUGCUUUCGAGUCAGAUGAGGACUUGGGCCAUGUGCUCCGGGAAGCCUUUGGUGUCUUUAUGAACAAGGGAAAGAAGAUGGAGUCUACAGGCGGCACAGACAACCCCAAGUCAGGCGAAAUGAUUGCCAAAUACGUGGAUCGGCUGCUCAAAGGCGGCUACAAGCUGCCACCAGGCCGGAAACCCGAGGAGGUUAGCCUAGUUUCUGACGAUGCCGAACUGGACCGGCAGCUGGAUCAAGUUCUCGACCUUUUCCGUUUUGUACAUGGAAAGGCUGUCUUCGAAGCCUUUUACAAGAAUGAUCUGGCCCGGCGUCUCUUGAUGAAACGCAGCGCGAGUAAUGAUGCGGAAAAGAGCAUGUUGGCUCGUUUAAAGAACGAAUGUGGCUCAAGCUUCACUCACAAUCUCGAGUCCAUGUUCAACGACAUGGACACCGCUGCGGAUGAAAUGACAGCCUUCAAACGGUCUCAGCAGGAGGAGCGAGGGGGCCGGUCUCCCUUCGAAUUCGAAGUCAAUGUGCUGUCUGCCGCCUCAUGGCCGUCCUAUCCCGAUAUUCCCGUGCGGAUCCCAUCUAUUAUUGCACGCUCGAUCAACCGAUUUGAGUCAUUCUACCAUACUAAACACACAGGGCGGAAGCUCACCUGGAAGCAUCAGCUGGCGCAUUGUCAGUUGAACGCAAACUUCCCCCUUGGCAAGAAGAAUCUGGUGGUCAGCUCGUUCCAGGCCAUCGUGUUGCUGCUCUUUAAUGAUAUCCCCGACGGUGAAAGCAUGCAGUACUCCCAGAUCCAAGAAGCGACCGGCUUGUCGUACCCGGAGUUGACGCGGACUCUCCAGUCACUAGCAUGCGCCAAGUACCGCGUCCUCACGAAGACCCCCAAGGGCAAGGACGUGAACCCGACCGACCAAUUCUCAUACAAUGCCAAUUUCAGCGACAAACAACUCCGCAUCAAGAUCAAUCAGAUCCAAUUGAAGGAGACCAAGGAGGAGACCAAGACGACGCACGAGCGGGUAGCUGCCGAUCGCCAUUUCGAGACACAAGCGGCUAUUGUGCGCAUCAUGAAGAGCCGCAAAAACCUUAGCCAUGCCGAGCUGAUCUCGGAGGUGAUCAGUGCCACCAAGAGUCGGGGUGUUCUUCAGCCCGCGGAGAUCAAGGGAGAGAUUGAAAAGUUGAUCGAGAAGGAGUAUAUUGAGCGCAAAGAAGGCACGAAUCAAUAUAGCUACAUGGCAUAA